AUGGUGUACCAUGCAGAUGUGCGGGCGAGGGAGAAGGAGUUGGCGGUGGCGGAGAGGGGGAUGGGAUGCUCUUGCGCUCCUCCCUUGGGCAGGAUGAUAUCGAGAUUUAUCAGGAAGUGCAACGGAAGAGAAGGGCGCGUGAGGUACGACGAGAGGAUGGGAAUGGACUAUGCCAUGGCGUACGCUCCCGCGCAGACAUGCUACGUGCGCCCAACAGCUGCGCGCACCGUCACCUUGGCAACCACCACCAGCCAUCACACCACCAACGCCGCUCGCGCCGACGCCGACCAUCCGGAUCGUCCACAUCCACCGCGAGCGCAGGCAACAACGACGACCCUGCCGGGCACGCCGUUUGCACCGGCGGGCGCCCCUGCCCAACGCAAGCCCAAGAAGAAGAAGAAGAAGAAGCACGUCCGGUUCACGCCUUCGGGGCCGGUGCCCGCGGGUGCGGGCGCCACGGCGGCACUGGCAAGCGGCGACAGUGCAGGCAGCGCCUACCACCACGGCCCGCCGGCGGCCGAUCCGUCGUCGUACUCCCCGGCGCCAGCGGCACACGGCGGCUACGCGUACGGGUACGGCCGGUACGCGCCGUCGCCGCUGCCGCGGUGGGAGAUGCUGGGCACGCCGAGGCGGCACGAGUACUUCUCCAGCGAGUACCGGUGGUACUACCCGACGCCGGUGCGCGAGGGCAUCUACAGCAUCGCCACCGACGCCAACGGCCGCCUCACCACCAUCUUCAGCGAGGAGAACCCCAACGCCUGCACCAUCGUCUGA